UUCCCGUCCUUGAUAUUCCCAAAUAUAGAAGUGCCGCCGCUACCAUUAUCGGCGAUCAUCUGCCCCCCAAUCCCCCAUAGUCUUGUGUAGUAGAGGGCCUAGAGUGACACUGCAGCGAAAGCAGUAUAUAUAUACUUGGAUGGAGAACACCAAGUCAUCGUGGUUCCACGCGCAGGCAGCGGCAGCGGCAGCGGACCUGACGCUGGCGUUCGGGCCGGCAGGCUGGGAGGAGAACCGGGAGGCGGUAGCGCCGACAGCGCGCGUGAACGGCAAGGACGUGCGGCUGUUCCCGUGCCUCUUCUGCAACAAGACCUUCCUCAAGUCGCAGGCGCUCGGCGGCCACCAGAACGCGCACCGCAAGGACCGACUCGGCAGCUUCAGCGACCCAUACAUGUACAUGUACGGCCCCUACGGCGAAGGCCCCUUCCGCGGAACCGCCAUUGAUUCCGGCAGCGGCCGGUCCAUGAGCAACUCCGUCCUAUCGCACGGCGGUAGCCGCGUGUCGGCGCCGGCGGGCGUUGAUGCCAGGCCUGAGAGGUGGGGUAGCGCCGCUCCACGCUUUGCAGAGCACGCGCAGGCGCAGCUCCUUGUGGAUCCAGCCGCCGGCCAUGACGGCGCGGUGGAAAUGCUCAGCACGAGGGCCUCCGUUGCCAGUGCCGGUGAGGAGCUCGAGCUCGAGCUCCGCCUCUAGGAUUUCUGGGGCACCAGCACCAUGCGUCUACUUGCACAGGUUUCAAUCGAUGGAUGUUCCGAUAUAUAUUGCGCAUAUCAGCGGUAUUGGCGGCGAGCCUGCAGUCCGUCGUUGCAUCGUUUACCGGGAGGGAGAGCUCUCCAUGCCUCGCCGUUAUUUUGUUGUUAUUUUGCAUUGAGUGCUUUCUUGUUGCUCGCGUGGUUAAUAGAACUUCCUGAAAGAAAUUGUUAAUACUGUUUCACGUAUAGCAGUAUCCAGAAUCCGGACGACUAUCGGGCAUCAGUAGCGGUAAUUACUGACGAUUGUCUAAGGUUGAUGAGUUCUUUCGGCAAGGCGAUGAUAGAUCAUUGUGUGCCUGAUGUAAACGAGUGUGCUCGUACUAUUGCACGUUUUAGCUUUUUGGAUCAGGAAUCAAGGGUGUGGCACGAUAAACCCUCUGAUCUCCCGAUUCCGCUUAUUGUAAAGGAUAUGGUUAUUAAUUAAAUAAUGUUGUCAAAGUUGAAAAAAUAAACGGAAGUGUUAAUAUGGAGUUUUGGACUCCA